AUAGCCACACUUAUCUUCCUACCACAACAUCUGCCACUAUUUAAUAACGAACUGCUUGAGUGAAGUUUUAAACUUGUUGUAGCAGCUUUGCAAUAUGUGAAUUUGUUUCUGACUAGUGGUGUAACAAUCAGCCUUUACAAAGAGUCGAUAGUUUGGCUUUACAACUUCAUGCAACAUACCGUGUAACAUAUCUGGAAACCCUUUUGGUGAACAGUAAUCAAGCGCGAAUCAUGGCUUCUCCAGUACAGGCUGAACAGAAACUUCCCUAUGUUUAUGUUGGUAGAUCAGGUCUUAAAGUCUCUAACUUGUGCUUAGGAGCAAUGACUUUUGGUGAAUCAGCUCAAGGUCUACCUGGACAGUGUGAUGAAGAAUUGUCUUUCCAAAUCCUGGACCGUUUUGUUGAAUGGGGUGGGAACUUUAUAGACACUGCUGAUGUUUAUGGACUGGGAAAGUCCGAGGAAAUCGUUGGAAAAUGGCUGGAAAAACGCGCGAGAGAAAACGUUGUCAUAGCAACCAAGGUCCGCGCCAACAUGGGGACCCAAAACAACGUCAACAACAUCGGCCUAAGCAGACGACACAUCACAGCGAGUAUCGACAGAAGUCUCCAGAGACUGCGCACAGACUAUGUGGAUUUGUAUCAGGCACACAACUUUGAUGAUGCCACUAGAAUGGAGGAGACUUUGCGCACCUUUGAUGACCUGGUGCGCUGCGGCAAAGUGCGCUACAUUGGUGCCAGCAACUUCUUGGGCUGGCAGCUACAGAAGCUAGUUGACCUCAAUGAGAAGUUGGGGCUAAAUCCUAUAAUUAGCUUACAGCAACAAUACAAUCUCGUCAGCAGAGAAUCAGAAUUGGAGCCAUUCCAGGUGUGUAAAACAUCAGGUAUUGGAGUCUUACCAUGGAGCCCACUCAAAGGAGGGUUGCUGUCCGGGAAAGUGAAACGCGGACAAAGGCCGACGGAAGGCCGACUGUCCUGGGUGGCCGAUGACCUGGCCAGUAGAGCGUGUCAGUGUGCCCCGUCCUGGGCCAGUUUUGGGGACCAAACGUUUGAUCUUCUAGAGGCUGGAGAGGCCAUUGCUAAAAAAUAUGAUCGAAGUCUAGCUCAGGUGGCCAUUCGCUGGCUGCUCCAAAAAGACGUUGUGUCCUCUGUGAUCAUUGGAGCGAGAAAUCUGAAACAGCUGGAUGAUAACCUUGGUGCAGGAAAUGGCUGGUCUUUAACUAAAGAGGAGAUGCAGCAAUUGGACGAUCUGUCUCAGACAAAGCUCCCCUACCCCUAUGAGAUGGUGUUUAGAAUGAACGCAGACAGGAGAAACACUAACGCUGUCGAUCAGUAUGUGCGUUCUGUUAGCAACUAGAAAUACAUGUAUUCUAUUAGCAACUAAAAAUAUAUGUAUUCGGUUAGCAACUAGAAAUAUAUGUAUUCUGUUAGCAACUAGAAAUAUAUGUAUUCUGUUAGAAACUAGAAAUAUAUGUAUUCUGUUAGCAACUAGAAAUAUAUGUAUUCUGUUAGCAACUAGAAAUAUAUGUAUUCUGUUAGCAACUAGAAAUAUAUGUAUUCUGUUAGCAACUAGAAAUAUUUAUAUAUUCGGCUAGCAAGUGGAAAAUUGUCCAUUCUGCCCGUGUGUAAAAUUAUGUACAUUUGAACAGCUAGUAAAACUAUGUACGUUUUGUCAUCGCGUGGAAUCUUGUGCGUUAUGUCAAUAUGUAGAAUUUUGUGUUUGUCAGAAUGUAGAAAUAGAAAAUAAAGUA